ACAGGCUCGAGGAGCAAUCCAUCACCUCGACCUUCUUAUCGUUUUUCUCUGAGACGGUGCUGGUGCAUCAAUGGGCUUCAUGACUGGGACAAUGUGCCGGGGUCUGGUCAGUUGCUGAUGGCCUGAUGGUCUAUGAAUAGCAGUUUUCCCUUUGCUGAGUCUGCGUGCGACCUGGGAGAUGGAGAGGCAGGGCCCAGGAGAGAAGCAGGCCGAGGCUAAUCGGACCGUAGCCGCGACCACCCCCGUCGCAUCAGCUGCCAUCACCAUGGCAACUGUCAGCUCCGUCAGCGGCACCUGCACCCAGACGCCCUCCACUUCCCUGAGCAUCAUCUCACCCGACAGGCACGCAGUCCAGGUGAUCCGACACGCUAUCCACAGACCUCAGAGCAUGGCGGCGCAGUACCUGCACCAGAUGUACGCCGCCCAGCAGCAGCACCUCAUGCUGCAGACAGCCGCCCUGCAGCAGCACCAGCACAGCCCGCAUCUGCAGAGUCUGGCCACCAUACAGCAGGCUUCGGUGUGUCAGCGGCAGUCGCCUUGUUCAUCCGGUGGCGGUUUGGUUCAUCAGUCUGCUGGUGGUCCCCAAAACUCGAUUACUUUACCAGCAUCCCCGGUGACGGCACAGCUGAUUGGCCGAACCCAGACGUCCACCGGUGCCACGGCUACCAUAUCCCAGCAGGCCAUGCUUCUGGGAAACAGACCGGCCAACUGUAACCAAGCUCAGAUGUACCUUCGCACUCAGAUGCUCAUUCUAACCCCUGCAGCCACGGUGGCUACAGUUCAAUCGGACCUCCCUGCCAUCACCUCCUGCUCCUCUUUACCCAACCCCUCUCAGGUGCAGAACCUCGCUCUGCGGGCCCACUUGCCCGGAGCUCUGGCCACGGCCCACGGCGUGAUCCUGAAGCCGCCCGCCCAGUCGCAAACCCUGACUCCGACCACCUCUCUGUCCAAGGCGUCCACCUGCGGGCUGAAAACGGCGCAGCUGACUGACACCUCCACGGAAACCGGAGCGGCUGAUGUCACCCGGCUGGCCUCAGGAGCCCACAUUACGACGGCGGCCUACUGUCCGGUGCAGACCGGCGCCCCGGUCAAGCAGCAGCAGCAGCAGCAGCAGGUGUCCUGUCCACCGGACCAGCGGGCGCCGCACCACCCCAACCACAGGCAGCUCCAGCCCAUCGCUCUCAGAGUGGCUCCUCAAGAAACCAACUCCCAACCUCUCGCUCUGUCGGUCAAAAGACUGACCGCCGCCGGGCCCCAAUCAAAAACCCACAGCGACCCCCGGGCCCCUACUUCUUCUUCUUCUUCUUCUUCUUUGGUCACCAGCGUGUCUGCACCCUUGGCUCAGACCUCAAUCCCAGCGGCCACCGUCCAGCCCCAGCCUCCUCCCCUGGUGGCCGCGCCGCAGCGGCGUGCGGCGUUCCCACAGGUUCAGAGCCAUCCCCGGCCCGCGCCCCCGCCCCUGGUUCUCCCCAGGCUGCCACGGAACCCCCCGGCCUCCCUGCAGAGGCUGUCUCUGCACUCGGUCCAGGCUUUGGCCGCGCAGUCGGGGCGGACGCUGCUCACGGGGCGGGAGCUGCCCGUCGCGGAGGCUCUGGUCCAGAUGCCCUACCAGAACCUCCCGCCCCCGCAGACGGUCGCUGUCGACCUGAAAGUGCAUCGAGUCCGACAGGGUGAAACUCCAUCGUCGGGGGCCACGUGUAAAGUGAACGGAUUGAGCUCAGAGGAGAGCAAAGUCCCAUCUUCACCCGGUCCACAGCCAGACAGGAAGCUGACACCUCUCACUGGACCCCCUAAGGAGAAUGGUUCAGUCACGGGUUCAUCCUUCAUCAUCUCCAGUCGCUCCGUGAGCAGGUCACCAGAGGUGGAGCAACCCUCCCUGCUCACCACCACCACCACCACCACCACCAGCUGCAAGCCCCCUCCUCCAUCUCCUCCCCUUCCUCCGCCCGUCCUGCCGGCGGCGGUAAGAGGCCCCAGCCCCCCCCCCUCCUCCCCGGCCAGCGCCCCAGGCAGCCCGGACAGGGUCCUGACGACCCACGUCCUCACACACCUCAUCGAGGGCUUCGUCAUCCGAGAGGGCCUGGAGCCCUUCCCGAUGGUGUCCCCCUCGCUGCUAGCAGACCAGCAGGCUUCACUUCCUGAAUCCCAGGACACUCAAACCAACGGGGACGCGGCAGCAGAGGACAGUCCGCCGGACGCCGACCAGUCGGACUCUACCGACUCGGAGAUGGAAGACGAUGGCCCUGCAGCAGAUGAUGCAGAGCUGGGGGAGAGGGUGGCAGGUGUGCUGAAGUGUGAGUUCUGCGGGAGUCGAGGCUACGCUCACACCUUCCUGCGCUCCAAGCGCUUCUGCUCCAUGACGUGCGUCCGAAGGUUCAGCGUGAGCUGCAGCAAGCGCAUCACCGUGCCGAGGGCGGCCCGCUGCGGCCACAGGCCGACGGGCCGGAGGGGACGGCCCCCCGGCAGCGGCAGCAGAGUCAACGCGGCCUCCAGAGAACGCUUUCUGCGACAGGCCCGCGGGGCGUUUGCCUCGGAGGAGGAGACCCGUCAAAGCUCCCCGAGGGGGGAGGAGGACCAGGGCGAGGACGAGGAAGACGAGCCUCCCGUUCCCAUGACAACCAGGCUGCGGAAACACGUGGAGAGGGUGCGCGAGAGGGAGAGGGAGCAGGAGAGGGAGCAGGAGCAGAGGAUGUACGAGACGAUCAGCGUCUCCGACGGAGAGGACAACGAGGACGGAGAGGACGACGAGGACGCCGGCCGUCCGUCCCAGUGGGACGUGGAACAAGUGUUUUCUUUUAUCGACUCUCUGCCAGGUGGUCAGGACGUAGCCGAGGCGUUUCGCUCCCAGGAGAUAGACGGACAGGCUCUGCUGCUUCUGACCGAAGACCACCUGGUCAGCACCAUGAACCUCCGGCUGGGACCUGCACUCAAACUGUGUGCCCACAUUAACUCUCUGAAAGAUGCGUAGUCGCCUCAUUUGUUGGGAUUGUGCGUCGCGUUGAGAGCGAUUCCAGAAAACACACGUCUCAAGUCCACAGACCGCAACAGCUGAUCUAAAUGAACAACAUGAGCAUUUCCUUUUUUGGUCUCCUCUUGACUUUCAAUUCCAGUGAUUGUAGCAGUUUGGCUCCGGUUAUCCAUUUGUUACAAAAUGGUAAGUCGAAGGUUCUUUGUAUUAUUUGUAAAACAAAGAAAACAAUUAUACAUUAUUACACAGAAGGCAACUCGAAGGAAACUCGAAGUUUACUAAACAGAUUUACUAUCCAACCGCUGAUUUCACUUGUCAUCAGCAAACUAAACUGAUGAAAAGGUUAUUUAUUAUUUAUUUAUUAUUGUCAUAAUCAAAGUACAAAUAAACCUGUUAAAGUAU